CAGCUUUGUCUCCAGGCUGUCAGUGUUAUUUUCGACAGGCGCUGUGAACCUUUCUCAUCAUCUCGGUUCAUCAACGAGCACUAGCGCUGCAUUGACAGCCUCAUUCCACAGACAGAUCGCUGGGUUUAAGCUGUCAUCCUGAUGUUGGAUCGAGCCGUGUUGCUCGAAAGAGAAAGCUGAGACGGAACAAUACCGACGGGAGCUUGUGUGUCGUUGGCAAGUGAAUAUUAGUUUUCACACGCGCGCCGUGAAGGACUCUGUCACCGCUCCUUUCCAAGCGGAGGACAACAAACGACAGUUCCUAUAGAAGCUUACUGUAAAUACCAGCAAUGCCGGGGUUUGACUACAAAUUCCUGGAGAAGCCCAAGAGACGCUUUCAGUGUCCUCUGUGUAGCAAAGCAAUGAGGGAACCCGUCCAAGUUUCCACAUGUGGACACCGAUUCUGUGAUACCUGUCUGCAGGAAUUUCUCAGUGAGGGGGUCUUCAAGUGCCCAGAGGACCAGCUCCCACUGGAUUACGCCAAGAUCUAUCCUGACCCUGAGCUGGAGCAGCAGAUACUGGCACUGCCCAUCCGCUGUAUUCACAGUGAAGAGGGCUGCCGCUGGACCGGCCAGAUGAAACAGCUACAGAGCCACUUCUCAACCUGCGCCUUCAAUGUGAUUCCCUGCCCCAACCGCUGCUCCGUCAAGCUGACGCGCAGAGACCUGCCCGAGCACCUGCAGCACGACUGUCCCAAACGCAAGGUCAAGUGCGAGUUCUGUGGGAGCGAGUUCACAGGAGAGGCCUAUGAGAACCACCAGGGCAUCUGUCCGCAGGAGAGCGUGUACUGCGAGAACAAGUGUGGGGCAAGAAUGAUGAGGAGACUAUUAUCCCAGCACACCAUGACAGAAUGCCCCAAACGCACGCAGCCCUGCAAGUACUGUGGCAAAGAGUUCGUCUACGACACCAUCCAGAACCACCAGUACCACUGCCCUCGCUUUCCCGUGCAGUGUCCUAAUCAAUGCGGCACCCCGAACAUCGCACGUGAGGAUCUGGCCAACCACGUGAAGGAGAGCUGUGGCAGCGCGCUGGUCCUUUGCCCCUUCAAGGAGGCUGGCUGCAAACACAGAUGCCCAAAGAUGGCAGUUGGACGACACCUGGAAGAGAGCACAAAGUCCCACCUGACCAUGAUGUGUAAUCUGGUGGGACGGCAGCGGCAGGAAAUCAUGGAGCUGAGACGUGAAAUGGAAGAGCUGUCGGUGAGUCACGACGGCGUUCUCAUCUGGAAACUGACCGACUACUCGCGCAAGCUGCAGGAGGCGAAACUCCGCAACAACCACGAGUUCUUCAGCCCACCCUUCUACACGCACCGCUACGGCUACAAGCUCCAGGUGUCCGCCUUCCUGAAUGGCAACGGCAGCGGCGAAGGCUCGCAUCUGUCCAUCUACAUCCGCGUGCUGCCCGGCGAGUAUGACAGCCUGCUGGAGUGGCCCUUCUCCUACAAGGUCACCUUCUCCAUUUUGGACCAGAGCGACCCGUCGCUGUCCAAACCUCAGCAUAUCACGGAGACCUUCAACCCUGAUCCCAACUGGAAGAACUUCCAGAAACCGUGCAGCAGCCGAAACUCGCUGGACGAGAGCACGCUGGGCUUCGGCUACCCCAAGUUCAUCUCGCACGAGGAGAUCAAGAAGAGGAACUACAUUCGCGACAACUCCAUCUUCCUCAAAGCUUCCAUAGAGAUCCUGCAAAAAAUCAUGGCCUGAGGCUGUUCGAGUGAAGAUUUGUCUUGA